AUGAUUGUUGUUGUUGUUGUUGUUUCUUCUUCUUCUUCUUCUUCUUCUUCUUCUUCUUCUUCUUCUUCUUCUUCUUCUUCUUCUUUCGAAGCCAAAAUGUACAGAUUUUCUUUCUUUUUUCGAUUAUUCAUUCAUUUAUUGAUAUUUUCUUUCUUUUUUAGCUUAUUCAUUCAUUUAUUGAUAUUUUCUUUCUUUUUUCGAUUAUUCAUUCAUUUAUUGAUAUUUUCUUGCUCAUUUAUUCAUUUAUUGAUAUUUUCUUUCUUUUUUCGAUUAUUCAUUCAUUUAUUGAUAUUUUCUUUCUUUUUUCGAUUAUUCAUUCAUUUAUUGAUAUUUUCUUUCUUUUUUCGAUUAUUCAUUCAUUUAUUGAUAUUUUCUUUCUUUUUUCGAUUAUUCAUUCAUUUAUUGAUAUUUUCUUACUCAUUCAUUCAUUCAUUCUAUUUCUUUAUUUCGUCAUACCCUUUAAUUUUCAUUUUUUCUUCUACCAACCUUUUUUUUACUUUUACGCAAUUCGGUUCUUCUUUCUUCCUACUUUCGUUAUUUCCUUCUUUUUUUUCAUAUAUUUCUGUUCGUUUUACUAUUCGAAUUGCAUUCUAG